AUGACCCUCGUCGUGGCCGCGGCGCGGGCCGAGAAGGAAGGUGGGUGUCAGCCGGCCGGCACCUCCCGGGCCCGGCCCCGCGGCUGUCACCGCGCCCUCGCGGAGGCCGCUGCUGGGCUGCGGCCGGGGAGGAAGGGCCGCGGCUCUGGGCUCGGAGGGCGGCCGAGCAUGGGGCUUGGUCCGGCGCGAAGUUGCUUGGUCGAGUCCCGUCCCGAGCCGGGAACUUGCGGUUCGGAUGCCAACUCGCGGCGUUGGCCGCACGGAGUUGCUCUUGUUCUCCCAUUUAUUCAGUCGGAGGGCAUAAUAGAAGUACUACGUUUUGAUGACGGAGGGCUUCUACAGACUGAGACAACACUUGGACUCAGUUCAUACCAACAGAAAAGUAUAUCUCUGUACCGGGGUAAUUGCAGACCUAUACGAUUUGAGCCACCAAUGCUGGAUUUCCAUGAACAACCAGUUGGAAUGCCAAAAAUGGAAAAAGUUUACUUACAUAACCCUAGUUCUGAAGAAACUAUUACUUUAGUAUCAAUAUCUGCUACAACAUCACAUUUUCAUGCAUCAUUUUUUCAAAAUAGGAAAAUUCUUCCAGGAGGAAAUACAUCAUUUGAUGUAGUUUUUCUUGCAAGAGUAGUAGGAAAUGUAGAAAAUACUUUAUUUAUUAAUACAUCUAAUCAUGGGGUAUUCACUUACCAGGUAUUUGGUAUUGGAGUUCCAAAUCCAUACCGAUUGAGGCCGUUCCUUGGGGCCAGAGUCCCUGUGAAUAGCAGUUUCUCGCCUAUAAUAAACAUACACAAUCCUCACAGUGAGCCUUUACAGGUUGUAGAAAUGUACUCUAGUGGAGGAGAUCUUCACCUCGAGCUUCCGACAGGUCAGCAGGGCGGCGCCAGGAAGCUGUGGGAAAUUCCUCCUUACGAAACCAAGGGAGUGAUGAGAGCCAGUUUUUCAUCUAGAGAAGCAGAUAACCACACAGCUUUCAUAAGAAUAAAGACUAAUGCUUCAGACAGCACGGAGUUUAUCAUUCUUCCAGUUGAGGUGGAAGUUACCACAGCUCCUGGAAUUUAUUCCUCAACUGAAAUGUUAGAUUUUGGUACACUGCGAACACAAGAUCUACCAAAAGUUUUAAAUCUUCAUUUAUUAAAUUCAGGAACAAAAGAUGUACCAAUAACAAGUGUUCGACCUACACCACAGAAUGACGCUAUAACGGUACACUUUAAACCAAUUACAUUAAAAGCUUCAGAAAGUAAAUAUACCAAGGUUGCAAGUAUCAGCUUUGAUGCAUCAAAGGCAAAAAAACCAUCUCAGUUUUCUGGGAAAAUAACUGUUAAAGCAAAGGAAAAGAGUUAUUCUAAACUUGAAAUACCAUAUCAAGCAGAGGUUUUAGACGGUUAUUUGGGAUUUGAUCACUCUGCAACAUUAUUUCACAUCCGAGACAGUCCUGCUGAUCCUGUGGAAAGGCCAAUUUACCUCACUAACACUUUCAGUUUUGCAAUCCUCAUUCAUGAUGUGUUGCUACCAGAAGAAGCCAAAACAAUGUUUAAAGUUCACAACUUCAGCAAACCAGUCUUAAUUCUUCCAAAUGGAUCAGGAUACAUUUUUACUCUGUUUUUUAUGCCAUCCACAUCAUCCAUGCACAUAGAUAACAAUAUUUUACUUAUUACCAAUGCCUCUAAGUUUCAUUUACCUGUGCGGGUAUACACAGGUUUUUUAGAUUACUUUGUAUUACCCCCCAAAAUAGAAGAACGUUUCGUAGAUUUUGGUAUACUGAGUGCUACAGAAGCAAGUAACAUUUUAUUUGCAAUUAUGAACAGCAACCCGAUUGAGUUGGCCAUAAAAAGUUGGCAUAUCAUUGGAGAUGGUCUAUCAAUAGAACUCGUAGCUACUGAAAGAGGCAAUAGAACUACAAUAAUCUCAAGCCUUCCAGAGUUAGAAAAAUCCUCUUUAUCAGACCAGUCAUCAGUAAUAUUAGCUUCAGGAUAUUUUGCAGUGUUCAGAGUCAAACUUACUGCAAAAAAACUGGAAGGGAUUCAUGACGGGGCCAUACAGAUCACAACAGACUAUGAGAUCCUAACAAUUCCCGUGAAAGCUGUGAUCGCAGUGGGUUCUCUGACUUGCUUCCCAAAGCAUAUGGUUCUUCCACCUUCUUUUCCAGGGAAAAUAGUUCAUCAGAGUUUAAAUAUUAUGAAUUCCUUCUCACAGAAGGUAAAGAUCCAACAAAUACGAUCUUUGUCAGAAGAUGUACGAUUUUACUACAAACGAUUACGGGGCAAUAAGGAAGAUUUGGAGCCAGGGAAAAGAUCAAAGAUUGCAAACAUUUAUUUUGAUCCUGGACUGCAGUGUGGGGAUCAUUGCUAUGUUGGCUUGCCUUUUCUGUCCAAAUCUGAACCCAAAGUACAGCCUGGUAUAGCCAUGCAGGAAGAUGCUUGGGAUGCUGACUGGGAUUUGCAUCAAAGCCUGUUCAAAGGAUGGAUGGGAAUAAAGGAAAAUUCAGGUCAUAAAUUGAGCGCUAUAUUCGAAGUAAAUACAGACCUUCAAAAAAACAUACUGUCAAAAAUCACUGCCGAGCUCUCCUGGCCGUCUGUCCUCAGCUCACCCCAUCACAUGAGGUUUCCCCUUACUAAUACAAACUGCUCUUCAGAAGAAGAGAUUACGUUAGAAAAUCCUGCAGAUGCUCCUGUCUACAUUCAGUUUAUUCCUCUAGCCUUAUAUUCCAACCCUUCCGUCUUUGUAGAUAAGUUAAUAUCAAGGUUUAACUUAAGUAAGGUGGCAAAGAUAGAUUUAAGAACACUAGAAUUCCAAGUCUUCAGAAACAGUGCUCAUCCACUGCAGAGUUCAACGGGAUUUACAGAGGGCCUCUCCCGACAUUUAAUUUUAAACCUAAUUUUAAAACCUGGAGAAAAGAAAUCUGUCAAAGUAAAGUUCACUCCAAUUCACAAUAGAACUGUUUCUUCCCUAAUCAUAAUCAGAAAUAACCUGACUGUGAUGGAUGCUGUGAUGGUCCAAGGACAAGGAACAACUGAGAACUUGAGGGUGGCAGGCAAGCUUCCAGGUCCAGGGAGCUCCUUGCGCUUUAAAAUCACAGAAGCAUUAUUAAAAGACUGUACAGACAGUUUGAAACUAAGAGAACCAAAUUUCACAUUGAAAAGAACAUUUAAAGUAGAGAAUACAGGACAACUUCAAAUUCACAUAGAAACCAUUGAAGUCAGUGGGUACUCAUGCGAGGGAUAUGGCUUUAAAGUUGUCAAUUGUCAAGAAUUUGCACUAAGUGCCAAUGCCUCUAAAGACAUAAUCAUUUUGUUUACUCCUGAUUUCACAGCUUCUAGAGUUAUUCGUGAACUGAAGUUUAUAACAACGAGUGGCUCUGAAUUCGUAUUUGUAUUGAAUGCAUCCCUUCCUUACCAUAUGUUAGCAACCUGUGCAGAAGCCCUGCCCAGGCCCAACUGGGAGCUGGCUCUGUACAUCAUCAUCUCAGGAAUAAUGAGUGCACUGUUCCUUUUGGUAAUUGGAACAGCCUAUUUAGAAGCUCAAGGAAUUUGGGAGCCAUUUCGAAGGCGACUAUCCUUUGAGGCCUCGAACCCGCCCUUUGAUGUGGGAAGACCAUUUGAUCUCAGGAGAAUCGUUGGUAUUUCAUCUGAAGGAAACUUGAACACACUCAGCUGUGACCCCAGUCACAGUAGGGGGUUCUGUGGAACAGGCGGUUCGGCGUCCCGACCCAGCGCAGGGAGUCAUAAGCAGUGUGGCCCACCAGUCCACCCGCACAGCAGUCACGGCAAUAGAAACUCAGCUGACGUGGAAAACGUCAGAGCCAAAAGCAGCGCAAGUACCUCUAGCAGGACUAACGCCCAGUCGGCGAGCAAAGCCAGCGCCCUGGUCUUAGAUUCACAUGCCGUGGCCCAGGGUCACACAGCGGGCAGGAAGUCCAAGGGGGCAAAACAGAGCCAGCACGGCAGCCAGCACCAUGCCCACAGCCCGCUGGAGCAUCACUCGCCACCGCCACCACCAGUGCCUCAGCACCAGGAGCCACAGCCCGAGAGGCUGUCCCCCGCACCCCUCACGCACCCAUCCCACCCAGAGCACCCCAGCAGCACACGGCACAGCUCAGAGGACUCGGACAUCACCAGUCUCAUCGAAGCCUUGGACAAAGACUUCGACCACCACGACUCCCCAGCCCUGGAAGUGUUUGCAGAGCAGCCGCCUUCACCACUGUCGAAAAGCAAAGGUGGCUCGGAAUUGCCCAAAUUUGCUGUACUUCAGGUACCUUUCCUCCUGAGACUCCCACGGGAUAUACACACACAGGGCUCACGAGAAACCGGAAACAAGGCAGCCGAUCCUGUGCCUGCAGUGCCCAGCUCAGGGAAAGGAAAGCCUCCUCAGCGCAAGGUAAAACCACCUAAAAAGCACGAGGAAAAGGAGAAGGGAAAGGGAAAGGCCCAGGAGGACGAGCUGAAGGACUCCCUGGCCGACGACGACAGCUCCUCCACCACCACAGAGACCUCCAACCCAGACACAGACCCGCUCCUCAAGGAGGAUACAGAAAAACAAAAGGGAAAACAAGCCAUGCCUGAAAAACAUGAAAAUGAAAUGUCUCAAGUGAAACAGAAAAGCAAAAAACUCUUAAAUGUUAAGAAAGAAAUCCCAACAGAUGUGAAACCCAGUUCUUUAGAGCUACCAUAUACCGCCCCUUUGGAAAGUAAACAGCGUCGAAAUCUCCCAACCAAGAUUCCUCUUCCAACUACAUUGACAAGUGGAUCCAAACCACGAAAUUCCCAGAAGACAAAAGGUACAAAUAAGUUAGUGGAUAACAGGCCACCUGCCCUAGCAAAAUUCCUCCCAAAUAGUCAAGAACUAGGCAACACCAGUAGCUCAGAAGGUGAAAAAGACUCUCCACCGCCAGAGUGGGAUUCCGUGCCCGUUCACAAGCCCGGCAGCUCUACCGAUAGUCUUUAUAAACUCUCUCUGCAAACCCUCAACGCAGACGUCUUCCUAAAACAACGCCAGACCUCACCGCCGCCCAGCUCCCCGUCGCCGCCCGCCGCACCCUGCCUGUUCACAUCCCGGGGCAGCUACAGCAGCAUUGUCAACGGCAGCCCCGGCAGCGACUCUAAAACAAAGCAGUCAAAUGGAAGCAAACACAAACUGACAAAAGCAGCCUCGCUCCCAGGCAAAAAUGGCAACCCCACUUUUGCUGCAGUCACGGCCGGGUACGACAAGAGCCCAGGUGGGAACGGCUUUGCUAAGGUUUCUUCAAGCAAAACAGACUUUUCCAGCAGCCUUGGCGUGUCACACACUCCCGUUGACAGCGAUGGCUCAGACAGCUCGGGUUUGUGGAGUCCCGUCAGCAACCCCAGCAGCCCUGACUUCACACCCCUCAAUUCGUUCUCGGCCUUUGGAAACUCUUUUAACCUAACUGGUGAAGUUUUCAGCAAGCUCGGGUUAUCGCGGUCGUGCAGUCAGGCCUCACAGAGGAGCUGGAACGAGCUGAGCAGUGGCCCCUCAUACCUCUGGGACUCUCCAGCGACCGAGCCCAGCCCUUCUUGGCCAGCCAGUUCCAGUUCCCCGACCCACACGGCCACACCGAUCCUGGGCAACACCAGCAGCCUGUGGUCCUCCACUCCGUUCAGCAGCUCGAUCUGGUCCAGCAGCCUGCAUAGCACCCUCCCCUUCACCAGCCCUGCCAACGCGCUGCCGAGCAUCGGCCUCAUGGGCCCCGAAAGCCCCUCCGCUCCUCACACACCCUCCACCGCCAGCCCCGCCGACGACCUGGGCCAGACCUACAACCCGUGGCGGAUAUGGAGCCCCACCAUCGGAAGGAGGAGCUCCGACCCCUGGUCUAAUUCACACUUCCCUCAUGAGAAUUGA